CGCUGCGAUGUGCAGGAUGUCGUUCAAGAAAGAAACACCGCUUGCCAAUGCUGCGUUCUGGGCUGCAAGAAAAGGAAACCUGGCUCUCCUCCAGCUGCUGCUGAACAGUGGGCGAGUAGAUGUGGACUGCAAAGACAGCAUGGCCCCUUUCAAAGCAGGAGGUGUCUGUUGAAGGUACUGACUUGUUUUUCCUUACUCCCAGCUUGGCACAACAGCUCUGAUGGUAGCAUCUUACUAUGGCCACAUAGAUUGCGUACGGGAAUUGGUGUUGCAAGGAGCAGAUAUCAAUCUGCAGAGAGAGUCAGGUGCAACUCCUCUGUUCUUUGCUGCACAGCAAGGCCACAACGAUGUAGUGAAGUUCCUCUUUGAAUUUGGAGCCUCCACUGAAUUUAAGAAUAAAGAUGGAGGUACUGCUCUUCUAGCUGCUUGUCAGUACGGGCAUGCAAAAGUAGUGGACACUCUCCUGAAGCAUGGUGCCAACAUUCAUGAUCAACUUUAUGAUGGAGCUUCUGCAAUUUUCCUUGCGGCACAAGGAGGCUAUUUAGAUGUCAUUCGAUUGCUGCUUUCUUCUGGAGCAAAGGUUAACCAGCCACGGCAGGAUGGGACGGCUCCCUUGUGGAUUGCAUCGCAGAUGGGUCACAGUGAAGUGGUGCGAGUAAUGCUGCUUCGGGGAGCUGAGCGAGAUGCUGCGCGGGAUGAUGGUACAACUGCUUUACUGAAGGCUGCUAUUAAAGGGUACAACAAUGUGAUAGAAGAGUUGCUGAAAUUCUCCCCCACGCUUGGCCUACUGAAGAAUGGAACAUCUGCUCUCCAUGCAGCUGUCCUGAGUGGCAAUGUGAAGACAGUGGCACUGCUCCUCGAAGCAGGAGCAGACCCAUGCCUAAGGAACAAGGCAAAUGAACUACCAGAGGAACUAACAAAAAAUGAACGCAUCCUCCGACUCCUCCGCAUGAAGGAGAAGCAAAGGAAAAGCUAAUGCAGUCCAGUAGUGAAUGUAUUUUGAUGGAGAUGUGCCCUGACUGCAACGGCAUGAUAGUAAAUCUAGGUUGCCCAAGAAGGGCUUGUUGGAACAGUUUACAGAACUGAUUAGCCUCUCUAGUACACACUCCCUGAAAGCAUGGCGCCCUUGCCGCAGCGUCACCAUGGGCUAGAGCCUCCGCCUGGCAUUGCCGAAUGCAGAAGGACUGCAAUGAGAGCAGGAUUUGACCUGGGAUCUGCGUUUGCACUGCAGCCCUGCCUGUACUCCAGGAUCCCACUGGUCUCAGCACUGACGUUUGACCCCGCACGCCCAAGUGCUCCUGCCGUUUCAGACAUACGUCCCCAUAUUGGCAUGGCCACACACCUGUAAUGGGUGCCUUGGAGUGCCCACGUGGGUCUGGAGCACUCAGCCCUUGUGCCAAAAGGACGCCCGGAUCUCACAACUGUUUGGGCACAGAUAGUCUUGGAGCAGUCUCACCAUUCUGCUGCCCUGCCUUCACUGGCAGAGCUAGUUCUGACCAUUCCUGUCUACCUCCAAGUGUCCCAUGGGGCUACCUGCACCAUCACAACAGGAAAAGUCCUCCUGCCAGGCCAGAGCUUUGGUAACAUUUUGGCUGCUACAAAAAGCUCCAUAAAAAUUAUCCAGAGCACUACAAACUAUGCCUAAAGCUACCAACCAAACAAUGAGCAGGGAGAUGUCCUUCUCAGUUAUAAUGUCUUGAUCUGUUAAUCUGUUCAGCGACAGAAACACAGUGGAGCAUUUGGUAGCAUUUUGCAAUGCUACACAGUGCUAUGGGAAUCCGUCCCCAGCUCUACAGUCUACGUACAUGCAUUUUUGUAGGCAGCAGAGGAUGUAUUUCUGAGCCUACCAGCCAGAGUGUGUUAUUCACUAGGUCAAGUACAUCAGAAAUUUAGCUGUUGGGCACAACAGCACAGACACUAUAUAAGUGGUAUACUUAUGUCUUGCACACGCAUGUAUGUGAUGCUAUGGUAUGUUUAGUACCCACAGCUACUAUGCAAUGCACUUGUUCCCCAGGUCUUUAACGGGAGUUAAGGGAGAAGUGCACAGUGUACAGGUGUUUCAACAGCUGGUAAGAGGGUUACACAUAGCCACACUUGAACAGACCCACUAAUUAACAUAGCCAUGGAAAGUCAACUCUCAACAGCAAUUUUGGUCUUUGUUGUGGUUGAGACACUUAGACACGUACUAGUGCCUGGGUGGGGAAGGCAAUGCAAGUUGUAGAUGGUUUGUGAAGAGAUAUGUUUUAACCUUAACGCUGUAAGACAAUCCAUGAAAACCCAGUCAUUUUUGUAGUAUAAACAGUAUAUACUGUUAGCUGCAAACACUUUAGAGAUUAUUUUACAGUGAGUUGAGGUAUGAAGUUACUUCAGUCCAUAAAUCCAGGCACUUCACCUGCCCUCAAACCUUGGCAAAUUACUGAAAAAAUGCUUUAGAAGUUGAAGACGGAGAAGAUUGUAAGGAAACAAAGUAUUUCCUACUUAAAAAAACUCUGCCUAGGAUUCAGCUGAACUGUUGCACUUUUGCUUUGGUGAGUUAAGAAAAAAAAGAACAACUUUUAGUGAGCUAGCACAAAUGAAUGUAGUUUACUUAGUGCAAAUUAGCCAUAUAUAUUACCAAAUCAUAAAGUGAUCAUUUUUGUGAGUAAGUUAGGUAAGAAGUCAGGCUUCUGGUGAAGAAAACAGAAGUAAGUUAAUACCUUUAAUUGCAAAUUGCUAUUCAAUUUCUAUUCAGCAUUAGAAAUGAAAGCUUUAAGUUUUCCAACAAUAUAAGAAGACACCAGAAGAAUCCAUUUGUUUAGGUAAUUCAUGCUGCUGUAUUUUCAAAUUUUAAAUAAUGUUGUGCCUAACAAAAACUUGCAGACAAACUGGUGCAGAACCAAAGAAUUAUGCAAGAUGUUUAGAGGAUGAUUGUAUCUGGGGUUAAGUUCUGCGAAAAACUGAAAAAUACUGAGCAUGCAGAAAUCUCAAGAGCCUUAUUGGGAACUUUAGUUGCACAACAUUGUGUGGAACUGGACUCUAACUUGUUUAACAAGCAAUGCUGGAGAGGAUAGGUUUAUUUGGAGCCCUCAGUGGCUUGAAGGUGAACAUCUUGUUUCGGAGAACACUAGAGAGACUCUAGGAAGCCUAGCCUCAAUCCUUCUCCCUAAAGUUUCUUCAGAUCAACAGCUGGGAACAACCACACUCUUAAGAUGAAAAGCCCUUUCACAGUUGUAAAGAAGCAAGGUAAUCAUUAGAAGAUUUUCAGUAGCCAUAUUAGGUGAGCAAGAAAUACUUUUAAUAUCAGACAGGCUGUAGUCUUCCUAAAAAUUGUGAAAGUAUCCACUGUCAGUGAUGGUCUCCUGUUUUUUCCUGAUGGCAGAGCAUGGGAGAGAGGACAGGAUGAGUGGUCCUGUGACAGGUGAAGUAGGCAAGCUGAGACAAUAACAUACAGGUGUCCAGUAUCUGCAAGUGGCCUCUCCUUUCUUCCUGACAUAUUUUCUUGUGAGAGUGGUCUCAUGCAAUGAGGGCACCUACUCAGCAGAGAGCUUCUCCUUGAACUAUACCUGUCCAUGGGGUAAUUUAUGUUUGCUCAUCAUUUAGAACAGGACUUUGCAAGUCUUGUGGCCAGCUACCUUCGUGAUGAGCCACUGCAGCCAAGGCUAUCAUGCAACAGCUGAAGAUCACCUGGGAUACCACAUCCCAUAGAGCAUCUGCUGACCUUCCUCUUAGAGGAUGCAGCUACCAGGUCCUCUUUUUUUGAUCAAUUAUGGGGUAUAACUGGCUUUUCUUAUUUCUAAACAAAAUUUGAAAUGUAGGGCUCAUGCAGGUUGAAGGGAGAGCCUCGUAACUCCCUUCUUGCUCUCAUUUAGUGCUGGCUGAUACAGCACACAGGCUCUAUGGGGCUCUGUGGCAGAGAACUGGCAGCAAAGCCUUUCUGUGUCACAUUCAGGCUGAAGUUGAAUCCACCUUCAGCAAAGACACUAUUCAGCCAACCCGGGUUUUAUAGGCAUGGAAACCUUCCUGUUCAGAGCAUAUUUCAUCUCAGAGCCUUUGGAGAGAGUGCUGGGUUUAGUUUUGUGUUCCCUCUAACCACAAGGUGCUUAUUCUGCCUGUAGAUGGGCUGGAAAGUUGCAAUACUGUUUCUCACCAUGCAAUUAACCUUUUCACAAAACAACCUUAAUAAUUCUUAGUUAUUUACGUAUCUGCUGUUUUAUCUUUAAAGUGCUCGGUAAACACUGCUGUGGUUGGUUUGUUGUUCUAAAACGGAAACCUGUUUUCCCUUUGUGGCUGAAGUGAUUUACUAGUAUUGACAGUAGUCCUUUGCAUAGUUGUCGUGCCUUCUGUGCAAUGUUUUCUGUGCUCUGCGGAUGCUAUUACCUUUGUAAGUUCCAAAAUGCACUGCUGACAGAAACAGGCAAAUAGAUUAUUUCAUUCACACACCAGUGAAAUACAGCAGCUGUUCAUCAGCUUGUGUCAACAGAAAAGAGUAAAUUUAGACUAGAAAUUAAGGGGCACAAAAUCCACUUCAUAGAUGGCAGGAUGAAGGUAGGUACCAUGUAACGAUGUGAAAUAAAACUGGAACAAGAUGACAGGCCAAACUGGGUUUGGAGUUGGAUUUUAGAGUUGCUUUUCCCCCAGAAUUGCCAUAUAUAUAUAUAUCUCCAUCUUACACCUCAAAGAAAUGAGCCUAACUAGCACAGUGCUAUUAGGCUUGUCUCUCUGCACAUUCAGAUCCAGGGGCCCAGCCUGCUGUCCUCGGAACCUGGGAUUUAGGCAGGUGCUAUAGCCUGGUCACUUCCUGUCAUCUGCAAGAGAGUACAAAGGAUGUGCAACCAAGAGCAGGCUACACAAAUGAGUAAAAGAAAAGCAUAAGGCAUCUUUAUUUUACUUCAUUAAUAUCAAGCCAUUGUAGGAGGGGGUUGAGCACAAGGAAAAGCCCACUGGGUGUAGAGAAAAGUGGCAUUCUAGUGACAUGGUAGUGGUGUAGCCUCAGAGGUCCUAAAUGCAAGGAGCUCUUCAUUUAAGUUGUCCCAAUGUGCAAGGACAUCUAUUUAAUAAUGAUAUAAAAGGUAAUGUUGUACCUCCUGACUUGCACGUGCUGUUCUUCCCUUGGAGCAAAACCAUCUCACGAUUGAUCCACCCACCUUUGUUUAGCUAAGAAGAGCUAGGAGGAUUAGAGCACUAGAUCAAACAGCUGCAGGUCAUAUGUAAUGCACUUUAACAACAAUGAUUAUUUGUCUCAGAGUCAGAGCCUAACUGCAAGAAUCACUCAUGCUUCUUUAUUCAGCCAGUUAUGGUGACUAUUGGGAAAUCCAUAAGCAAACCAAAUCUUGUGUUGUCUCAGAAAUUUCAGAAUUUUUCAGAAAAUGAGGUAGCACAAACCACAGCCCAUUGGUACUUCACUUAAUAUGAACAUUGAACAGACAAAAUACUGCCUUUGUCUGGAACGCUUGAGUCAACAGUGUUAAAAUGUUAACGUUUGCAUGAGUCCAACCAAAGAUUAUACACAAGGCACUUUUUCCCAGCAAUGGAAUAUUGUUCUGCAUACACGGGACUAAAUGGAGUUGUGCCUUCUCACAACAGCUCUGAAACUGGGUCUUUGGGAAGCCAUGAAAGUUUCAUACUUUUCUGAAUUCCACAAUUUGUUUUGACCUGCCCCUUUAUGCAUUUCAUAAAACCUAUGUAAAUUUAUGUAACUCCCUGUAAGACUAAUAUGCUGCAACAGGAAUGUUGCUUUGCUAAAAAACAUUUUUCCAUACUAUCAUUUCAAUAAAAAAUAAUAUACUACUCAGAUUAUCUUGCCUGUGUACUUCAAUAUUUCUUUUCCUUCUUCUGUAUUCUACUCUUUCUCUUUGUAGAAUACCAGACUUAAUUUCCUAUUUCUGUAAAGACCAUUUGGUUUAUUCCGUUUGAUUGAUUAGAUUUCUAUUAUUUUCCAGGUCUUUACAGACAAGAUAACAUUCACAAAAUGAAUUAAGCCAAUGCCUUGGCUGGAGAAACAGGAAAACUUAAUUUAGCAUGACAUAACAAGGUUUGUUUCAAAGAUCCAGACAUCACUGAGAGACUCCUCUUGACAUUAACAUCCAUUAGGUCAGCUCUGAAGGGAAGAUUAUAAAUACCAACAUAGGAACCAAAGGAAAAGCAUUAUACUUUUAUUCAGUUAGUCAAACAUGUCUUGGUAGUUUUGUUAUUAUUCCUAAAUGUGAAACUGGCUUUUAAACUGAUCUGACCUACUACAGUUAAAAAUAUGUCUAUACCCUGUUAAAAUGGUUAUUGUGGUAUGCAGUGGAUAAUGUGCUUUAUAAAAGGGGAAAAGAGUCUACAUGGAAAACCUUAUUUAUUUGCCUUGUAUUUGACAUUGCAGGCUUUUUGCCUUAUUCCUACAAAUUUCUGUUGUGAUGAGCUACAUUUUGAAUAAUCAUCAAAGCUUCCUACAGCCACAACUCAGUAUAGCAUCUCCGUCUAUUCAGAAAACAUUAAGAGAAAGCUUUGUGACUUGCUCAUGGCCUAAUUCACUACAAAGGAUGACUUCUGCUAGAGGAACUCUCCUUAAUUUUUCACUUGAAAGCAUAACAAAAGUGUCAAGAGCCUGAAGCUAAACAAAUUUAAACUUCACGUUGUGGAUUUUCAAGAGUGAGGAUAAUUAUCUAUUGAAAUAAUUUGCUGAGGUGAUUCCUUCAUCAUUUGAGUUAAAAAAAAAAUAAAAUUACUUUUCAGCCUGAAAGAUGCAUUUCCCCUGAAACAUACUGUGUUUGAUGGAGGAACUACUGCAUGAAAUUAUAUGAUAUGUAGGAACCAACAUGAUCAUAAUAGCCACCUUGAUCUUAAAAUAUAUUAAUCAAUACAUUUUUUGCUUUAUCUCCUCAGUGAUUUAAAGAGGUGCUAACUCUCUUGAGAUCACUAACAAGAUCAUAUGCCUAGCAACUGUGGCUGUAGCUGCACAGCAAGAUGAAAACUGAGACACAUACCUGAGUUGUCUCUAAAUAAUCCAUUUUGCUCUCACAGUGUUGACAAGGCAUUUUAACUGGACUAAUGCUACAAAAUGCUAAUGCUACUGAACUAACCUACAAAACAGACCUGAAACAGACUACAAUUUUAGAUGUUAUACACAGAUGUGUUCUUGUGUGGUAUAUAUGUAUACUUGUAUGCAUACAUACUUCAUAUCCAGAGUAUGGGUACAGGCUUCUAUAAUCCCCUUGGAAAAGUGAUACCAGAGCCUCAUGGUCAGUUUGUCCAGACUACAUCGAAUGAAAUAUUCCACUUUCUGAAGACUCCCAGGAACAGCCCAUGCAGGUUUUUCCUUGACCAUGCUACUGCAUCGGACCCUACUCACUGGGACAAACUUACAGAACUCAUAAAAUGUCUUCAAGUCACACAACAGACUGGUUGUUCCGCAGGUGAAUUAUGGCUCAUAAACCUGGAUCCGGUUCCUCCUGUCAAGUCAGAUUUUGGUAGUGUCCUCAGGGACUCCUCUGUGACAGUUCUGCCCAUAUUUUCUACUUUGACAGCAAAACCUGAGUUACCAAGCGGCAGCAUGGGGCUUACAGGAGCUCAGUAAAUGAACAUCACACACAAAAUCACCAGGUUGGAAAGGACCCACUGGAUCAUCGAGUCCAACCAUUCCUAACACUCCCUAAACCAUGUCCCUAAGCACUUCAUCCACCCGUUCCUUAAACACCUCCAGGGAAGGUGACUCGACCACCUCCCUGGGCAGCCUGUUCCAGUGCCCAAUGACUCUUUCUGUGAAGAAUUUUUUUUCUGAUAUCCAACCUG